AGAGAGACUUGAUUCUGAGAAGGAGCAGCUGUCCAGCUGUGCUUUAUGUCAGGAUGUCCUGAAGGAGCUGGUCUCUAUGAGAUGUGGACACUGUUUCUGCAAACAGUGCCUCACCUCAUACAGGGACGACUCUGCUUCAUCAGGAGACUUCAGCUGUCCACAAUGUGGGAAAAAAACUAGAACAGUAUCAGGAUCACAGGAAGCUGGUCAGACCAGCAGUGUAACAAAAGAUUGUGGUCUGCAGAGGGUUUCAGAUGAACAUAAGAUCAGUCUGAGGAAGAGGUGUGAGUAUGUGACUGAAGGAAGUGAUGAAACAGAAAGUAGAACCUCCCUCAACAGGAUCUACACUGAGCUCUACGUCACAGAGGGACAGAGUGAAGAGGUGAACACACAUGAGGUGAGACAGCUGGAGACAUCUUCCAAGAUGGAGACCCUCCAUAACACUCCCAUCAAGUGCCAGGACAUCUUCAAAGCCUUACCUGGUCAACAGAAACCCAUCAGAGUGGUUCUGACAGUGGGCUUCGCUGGGAUUGGAAAAACCUUCUUCGUGCAGAAGUUCACUCUGGACUGGGCAGAGGGCUCGGAGAACCAAGACCUCAGUCUGCUGAUUCUGCUGUCAUUCAGGGAGCUGAACCUGAUCAGAGAUAAGCGGUACAGUCUCCUCAAGCUGCUCCAUGAUUUCCAUCCAACAUUAAAAGAGGUCCCAGCAGAGACACUGGCUGUCUGUAAACUGGUGUUCAUCUGUGACGGCCUGGACGAGAGAAAACUGUCUCUGGAUUUCAACAACAGUGAGGUCGUGUCUGACGUCACACAGGAGUCGUCUGUGGACGUGCUGUUAACAAACCUCAUCAAGGGGAAUCUGCUCCCCUCAGCUCUCGUCUGGAUCACUUCUCGACCUGCAGCAGCCAAUCAGAUCCCUCCUUCAUGCAUUGACAGGGUAACAGAGGUCCGAGGCUUCACUGACGCCCAGAAGGAGGAUUACUUCAGGAGGAAGUUCAGUGAUGAAGAUAAGUCCAGCAUAAUCAUGUCACACAUCAAGGCAUCCAGGAGCCUCCACAUCAUGUGUCAGAUCCCGGUCUUCUGCUGGAUCACUGCUACAGUUCUGGAGGACAUGUAUUCCACAGAGCAGAGAAGAGAGCUGCCCAAGACCCUGACUGACAUGUACUCACACUUCCUGCUGGUCCAGACAAAGAGGAAGAGGAAGAAGUAUAGUGAGGGUCAUGAGACAAGUCCUCAGGAGCUGAUGGAGGCUGACAGGGAAGUUCUCCUGAAGCUGGGCAGGCUAGCGUUUGAACAUCUGAAGAAAGGAAAUAUCAUGUUCUACCGAGAAGACCUGGAGUGCUGUGGUCUGGAUGUCACAGAGGCCUCGGUGUACUCAGGAGUUUGUACAGAGAUCUUGAAAAGAGAGUAUGUGGUCUUCGAGAAAACAGUCUACUGCUUUGUUCAUCUGAGUGUUCAGGAGUUUCUGGCUGCAGUCUACAUGUUCCACUGUUUCACAGACAGGAGCACAGAUGAGGUGGAUGCUUUCAUUGGAAAGUUAUCCCUGAAUGACUUCCUGAAGAGUGUCAUGGAGAAAUCCCUCCUCAGUAGAAACGGCCACCUGGACCUGUUUGUCUGCUUCCUUCAUGGACUCUCUCUGGAGUCCAACCAGAGACUUUUAGGAGGCCUGCUGGAUCGAUCAGAUAACAGUCCAGAGAUGAUCCAAAGAGUCAUCAGCAACCUGAAGAAGAUGAACAGUGAUGACAUCUCUCCUGACAGAAGCAUCAACAUCUUCCACUGUCUGAUGGAGAUGAAUGACCUCUCAGUCAAUCAGGAGAUCCAAAAGUUCCUAGAGUCAGAGAACAGAUCACAUAGACUCUCUGAGAUCCAGUGCUCUGCUCUGGCCUACAUGCUGCAGAUGUCAGAGGUUCUGGAUGAGUUGAGCCUAAAGAAGUACAAAACAUCAGACCAGGGACGACUGAGACUGAUUCCAGCUGUGAGGAACUGCAGGAAGGCGAAAUUUGAUCACUGUAGACUCUCAGACACUGACUGUGAAGUUUUGGCCUCAGCUCUGAAGUCAAACCCCUCCCAUCUGAGAGAGCUGGACCUGAGUGUGAGCAAGCUGCAGGAUUCAGGAGCGAUGCGUCUGUCUGCUGGGCUGAGGAGUCCAAACUGUAAACUAGAGAUUCUGAGCUUGAGGAGCUGCAGAUUGACAAAGAUCAGCUGUGCUUCUCUGGCCUCAGCUCUGAAGUCCAACCCUUCCCAUAUGAGAGAGCUGGACAUGAGUUGCAACAUGCUGGAGGAUUCAGGAGUGGAGCUGCUGUUGGAGUUUCUGCAGAGUUCAAACUGCAGACUGGAGACUCUGAAAUUGUGGAGCUGCAGUUUGACAAGGAUCAGCUGUGCUUCUCUGACCUCAGCUCUGAAUUCUAACCAUUCCCAUCUGAAAGAGCUGGACCUGAGUGACAACAAGCUGGAGGAUUCAGGAGUGGGGCUGCUGUGUGAUUUUCUGCAGAGUUCAAACUGCAGACUGGAGACUCUGAAACUGAGCGGCUGCAGUUUAACAACGAUCAGCUGUACUUCUCUGGCCUCAGCUCUGAAGUCAAACACCUCCUUUCUGAAAAAGCUAGACCUGAAUAACAACGACCUGUGUGAUUCAGGAGUGGAGCUGCUGUGUGAUCUUAAGAAGAGUCCAAACAACAGUCUGGAGGAUCUGAGAUGGGGGAUCUAUCCGUGAUAGUGAUCAAAGAGAGGAUGGUCUUCUUCCUGCUGGUCAGAGCUUGGAUGUGGCGAGUCUCAGACUGAGUCAUGUUACAGACAGACCGACGGAACAAUCACAACAGGUGGAGGUGACUCAUUGCUGCUGUCUGAACUGCUCUGUGACCAGUUCCACUCCCAGACUCAGGACCUGGACCUCAUAUAUUUGUAUCUUCUUCCACUGACUCUGAACUUAAAUGACCCACACAAGUUUGUUUUGUGUAGAACAACAAGACUGUAAGUGAACAGUGAUUGAAUCUCUUGUUUUGCCUGUGCUGCAGGGACACCCUGUGCGGAUUUAGAGUAGUGCAGUGGAUUUAUCAGCUCAUGUUUCUCCAGUAGAAGUAGAAACCACAUGUGUGAGUUGAACUGUCUGAAUUUCUUCUUCUAACUACAAGUUGUUCUCUUGUAUUAAUAGAUAAACAAAAUGAAACAUGUCAAAAAAGAACAAAGUAUGGAUCCAGUGUGGAUCCAUAAAGUAUGUUUCUGCCUUCAGGUUCUGCCAGCAGGUGUCCCUGUUUCCUGUGUUUUACAGACUGCUUGGUCUGACUUGAUUCAUUAUCUGUUUACAGAAAACACAAACAAUAAUGCUAAAUAUAUCUAUGUUUGUGUUUCACGUUCAGAUGUGUUUGUUUUCACAGCAUCUUUGGAUUGUUCCUCUUUUUAAAAAAAAAAAUGAACCACCUCCUGGAUUAAAGUGACUGCAGUCUCUUCAGAAUCUGCUUUCUGUAGUUCAGGACAGUCUGAAGAGAUUUGGGUUGACUUGAGUCUAUCUGUUGUAUUCAUAUGACAUCUCUCCUUUACUCCAUUAAACAGGUGCUUUAACUCCACCAAAUGUAUUCAAUAGAUGAUCCACAUUUCAUUUGAGAUAUCUUUGAAUCUUUGAAAAUGCUUGUACUUCUCUCAUACAGAAGAAUUGAUCUUGAUGACUGAGGACAAUAAUGUACCUAUAAUCAAUAUUUGAAGUGAUUCACUGAAUUCAUUAGAAUCAGUGUUAAAGUUUCAUUCCUUCCAAAGAGUCUCUAACAUCAGGGCAAAGUUCAUCAGAAUAACAGCUCUCCACUAAUGAAAUAUCACAAUUAUGAGUAAUGGUUUUUAUGAAGCAUGCACUUUUAUGUUCUGCUCUUUUCUUUUGAAAUCAAAUUUUUUGUAUUUACUGAAAUCUAUUUUGUCCUUUAUAUUUUAUAUUUUAUUGUGAAGCUCUUUGUGACCUCUGCUCUUGAAAGGUGCUGUAUAAAUAAACUUUAGUGACUCUCUUAAGAGAGAGGGUCAAGUGUUUGGAAAAUCUGAACAGAAACACAUCAGCACUUAAAAACAUCAUUAGAUAUUAAAGAAGUUUAUUAUUUAAGAAAAUUAAACUUCUGAAAAGAAUAAGAAACUCUGACAUUUCUGGAAAACACCAAGAGCAGGGCGUGAAUGUCCUCAGUGAUCAUCAUUUCCCUGUUGAAGCAAAAACUGGAUCACUCAUAAUCUUCAUCAAGUUAUUAUGUCCGAGUCUCAGCUUGUUGUAAAAACAGCAGCACCACCUGCUGGCCAAACCAAAAAACUACCAUCUGAAGGUGGUGCUGCUCUGUCUUUAUAGUACACCAUCACAUGGCUAUGUGUUCAGCUUCAGUUUACAAAUCAAACUGUAAAAACUCUGAGACCCUUUGAGGAGUUUGAUGUGACAUUUCUCAUGAUUUUCUGUAAGAGCAACAAAAAUAAAAAACACUGUUUCUACCAGGA